UUUUAAUUAAACCAAAAAAUAGCUUUAAUUAAGUAUCGUAUUGUGCUUUAAUUCAGUUCAAUUUUUCUAGAAAAAGAGAAAAACUAAUGCCUGUGCUCUGUUUCUUUAAUUACGAGAAACCUUCUUCCUUCCCCUCAGUCCCACUCAUCACAUUCACAAACCUCCUCCCCCGGCGCACGAUAGCUCGUAGGCCUUCUUUUUUUUUCUUUACGUUUUUAUUUAUUUAUAAAUAACUGGAAGCUCUGUCUCUUUUUUCGCGAAAUUUCUGUACCUUACAGUAAAAGUGUCAUCAAAAUUCUUGGACGAUUACAUACGGUAGAUCUAUCAAAUCAUCUUAAGCAAGGACGAUCUUUACAAAUAUACGCAAGUUUGAGCGAUAGAAGGCCGGAGCUGGCUGCUAUAGUUUGGGAUGUGGGGUCGUCACCGUGAAGCAUUCUCAAUGUACAAGAGGAUGCCAUCAAGAGAUCAUUCAACUCUAGUUGAUGAUGUAGAAGAGAAUUCAGCUCUCUUACAGAACAGCAUGGAUGUGGAGACUACAAAUCCUUCAUGGUUGCUUUCCUUUCCGCAUGUAGUAGUUGCGACCAUAUCUUCACUCCUAUUUGGCUACCAUCUUGGGGUUGUUAAUGAACCGCUUGAAAGCAUCUCUAUGGAUUUAGGUUUCAGGGGCAAUACACUGGCUGAAGGUCUGGUGGUGAGUACUUGUUUGGGUGGUGCCUUUAUUGGAUCUUUGUUCAGUGGUUGGAUUGCUGAUAGUGCCGGGCGUCGUAGGGCAUUUCAGUUGUGUGCUCUUCCUAUGAUUAUUGGUGCUGCUACAAGUGCAACAACAAGAACUUUGGCGGGUCUGCUCAUUGGAAGGUUCUUAGUUGGGACUGGAAUGGGAAUUGGUCCACCUGUUGCUUCUCUUUAUUUGGCCGAGGUUUCCCCUGCUUCUUUAAGGGGAACUUAUGGAAGCUUCAUCCAGAUUGCAACUUGUCUGGGACUUAUGGGGGCUCUGUUUAUCGGUAUCCCCUUCAGAGAAAUUGCUGGCUGGUGGCGCAUUUGUUUUUGGGUCUCAACAGUUCCUGCUGGGAUACUUGCAUUUGCUAUGAUAUUUUGUGCUGAAAGUCCACAUUGGUUAUACAAGAAAGGUAGAAGUGCUGAAGCUGAAGCAGAGUUUGAGAGGCUUUUAGGUGGAUCACAUGUCAAAUAUGCCAUGUUAGAAUUAUCCAAAUUGGACAGGGGGGAUGAAGCAGAUACCGUGAAACUUUCAGAGUUGCUCCGUGGCCGCCAUUUUAGAGUUGUUUAUAUUGGGUCAACCCUAUUUGCUUUACAACAGCUAUCUGGUAUAAAUGCCGUGUUUUAUUUCUCUUCGUCGGUAUUUGAAAGUGCUAGAGUACCAUCGGAUGUUGCAAAUGCAUUGAUAGGAGUAGCAAAUUUAACAGGAUCUAUCGUUGCCAUGCUUUUAAUGGAUAAACUUGGAAGGAAGCUGCUUCUUCUGUGGAGCUUCUUUGGCAUGACUAUGUCAAUGGUCCUUCAAGUUGCUGCGGCAAAUUCUUACGUGUCAGGCUCUGGAUCUUUAUACCUAUCAGUUGGUGGCAUGCUAAUGUUCGUCUUAACAUUUGCACUGGGAGCUGGUCCUGUUCCAGGUCUCCUCCUACCUGAAAUUUUCCCAAAUCGAAUCCGGGCAAAAGCUAUGGCGUUCUGUAUGUCAGUGCACUGGGUAAUCAAUUUCUUCGUUGGUUUGCUCUUCCUGCGCUUGCUGGAGCAACUCGGUCCACAGCUCUUAUACUCGAUUUUCGCCAGCGUUUGCAUGAUGGCUGUGAUCUUUGUUAAAAAGAACGUAAUGGAGACCAAAGGAAAAUCACUUCAAGAAAUAGAGAUUGCUCUUCUCCCACCAGAAUAGAGUUGGUACAUUAUCUCCCAAAUUUAUUUUUUGCAAUUCAAUUUUUUAUCUUACUUUUAUAGAGCUAAGAAUAAUAACCAAUAACCACCACACAUGUGUCAGUACAUGUGAGUGUGACGAUGUCAGUACAUGUGAGUGUAGAUAAUUCCUUCUGACUUGAUCAAAUGAAUUUAUAUAUGCAGAUCAAACAUAAAUUUGAAGAGCAGAUAUUUUGAUCUCAUGCAACCAACUUUAGGUAUUCAUGCGAGUGUUUGACAUGCAUGAAGUAUAUUGUAUAUCCAUAUUUGGUCCUUAAUUCAUUCGGGCUAAUAUGAAAUGAUAUAUUAGAUGAGCUCUCUAUUUCCUAAUUCGGGCUAUGGGUCAUUUGUUUUGAAUCUUUAUAGUUCUCUUUAUUUGACUUAAGGUAGCACCACGGUUCACCAUU